AUGAGGAAUAGCUUCCUCUUCCUCCUGAUCCUGAUUUUCCAUCCUGAUUUUCCAUUUGAACAACAGCCUUCGACUAUACCGUUCGAUACCCCGACUCCUUCGAUCCUAGUCUCCGCAGACGCAUCGACGAAACCGCAUUCCAUAAUGACUGAGACCAAUGGCGUGGGCUCUGCCCAAAUGGAUCUUGCUGCUGCUUCCACGACCCAGGUACGCCCUGGCGGUGCUCCGGCGCGUGUCUACCUGAACGAGAAGAUCGUUCCCACUUUGCUUGAGGGAAUGAAGUCUAUUGCGAAGGAACAGCCAAACAAUCCUCUGCGUGUGCUUGGAGAGUACUUGAUUCAAAAGAGCAAUGAGCUGGAACGUGAUGCGAACAGAACGGAGUGA